AUGAGAGCUCCACCUAUCCACCCUCAAAGCUGUGUAGAAUGCCUGAAUGAAAGUCGGUCUUGUACCUGGAUGGUUCAUGAGUCACUCCCCAUCACCAGUGACGGAAGGUGCAAUCAAUGUCACAGGGACAAACUGACUUGUGUGUGGCCUACUACUUAUGAAAACUUAAGUGAUGAGAUACAAGUUCAUCCCCCCUCAACCACUUAUGUCCGAGGACCUGAGUUCGAAUCCGCCGCUGCCCGUUUGAAGAGAGUCAAAGCCUGGACCUGCGCACCCUCUCGUCCCGAACCGGCUGACCUUGAAUUCUGGAAAGCUGACCUCAGAUUAUGGAAUAAUGGUGGUAAUGCUCCUCUUCCUCCUCAAGUCCCUGUCAAACCCAAGGCUUCCACCUCAGCACCUCAACCCAGACCACCACCUAUUCCUACCCAACCACGAGCAUUCUACACCAACCCAAAAUCCAAACCAUCACCUGCAUUCAUGCCCAAAGUCCCAACUGCUGCUCCACCACCCAAACCUGCACCUACUCCUGCUCCACCCAAGGUUUCAACUCCUGAACCUUCUACUCCACCACCAGAAUCUCCACCAGCUAUACCACCUACCACCAUGGUUGACCUUAUUGAAACCCCACCCUCAUCACCAACUCCACCACAACCACCUUCACCUCCUGCUAUCCCAUCUCACUUCAACUCAACCUUCAACUUUGACGAACCCUCCGCCAGUACGUCAACCUCUGUUCCUCCUGAACCUCAACUCCGUCCUCCUUCUCGCAACCCCAACGACCGCACACACAUCGAAGAUUUCAACGGAAUUUUUGGAAAGGACCUUAGUGCCAAGAUAUGGUUUGCCCGGGCAAUUGAUGAAGCUGAUAAACUUAAUGAACUUGGUGGUACUCCUCAUCAUGUUGAUCCCCGAGACCCGACUAUCGCUUUGACUGAGGCCAUGUUUUCUUUAUUGACUACCCACUGGAACAUAUGGAAAUCUUACAACCCUGAUGAAUGUCUUGCCAGAAAAAUCCUUACCAACCAACUGAAAAACCUUGUUGCUCAAGAUAUGUUGUAUUGCCUGUCCGGUGCCAAGCACAUUCGUCCUGCUCAUUAUGACUUUCCUCCUGUUGAUAAUCCUGAUUUGACCCCUUCUUCUUCCUCUCAUCCUCCUGAAUUUUAUGAUUCUAUAGCUAGCGGCAACCAAAACUCUAGAGACCAAGGCUAG